AUGACGCCGUAUUUCGUGUUUGAUGUACUACGGAGUCUGCCUGGAAUGUCGGGAGUUUAUGUUUCCUGUCUGUUCAGUGGGUCUCUGAGCACAUUGUCAUCAGGACUUAAUGCGCUGGCAGCUAACACGGUGGAGGACAUUCUUCCGCGCUCCAUCAGGUCAGCAAGGAUAUCACUGGCAAUGAUAGCUAAAUUGACAGUUAUUGUUUAUGGUGUUAUUGCGAUCGGUAUUGCUUAUACACUGCAAAACGUGCCUGGUCCGAUUACUCAGUUAACCCUUGCCGUAUUUGGAGCCUGCGGUGGACCAAUGGCUGGCUUGUUCUUCCUCGGAGGCUUAUUCCCCAGUGCUAAUUGGAUUGGUGCCUUGGUAGGGAGCCUAUCAGCUAUAGUGAUAAACAUGUGGGUAGUUCUUGGUGGUCAACUAUUUGGCAGUGCGCCAGCUCGACUUGAACCAAUAACUACCCAAGGCUGCUAUCCUAAUGACACUUUAGCAUCUUACCCAAUAUGGAACAGCACCAUUUCAACGGAACCCAUGUGGAACAGCACAGUUUCAGCUAUUCUGACAACAGUGAACGUCGUAAAUGGGGCAGCGGAUAUAGAUGAAACCUCUAUGUAG